GGCAGCGCGCCCCCGGCGGUUGUGCGGUGGCAGCGCGGUGCUAGCGGAGCGAUCGCUCCGGCCGCGGCGAGUGACGGACGGCCGGGCCGAGGGGAGCGGCCGGCGCAGGCCUGGGCGGCGGCGGCGCGAUGUUCGUGCAGGAGGAGAAGAUCUUCGCGGGCAAGGUGCUGCGGCUGCACAUCUGCGCGGCCGACGGCGCCGAGUGGUUAGAGGAGGCGACCGAGGAUACGUCGGUGGAGAAGCUCAAGGAGCGCUGCCUCAAGCACUGUGCUCAUGGGAACCUAGAGGACCCCAAAAGCGUCACCCACCACAAAUUCAUCCACGCUGCUUCUGAGAGGGUGCUGAGUGACACCAAGACCAUCUUGGAGGAGAACGUGCAAGACCGAGAUGUCCUGCUGUUGAUAAAAAAGCGAGCCCCCGCCCCCCUCCCUAAGAUGGCCGAGGUCUCUGCGGAGGAGAAGAAGAAGCAGGAGCAAAAGGCUCCAGACAAGGAGGCCAUACUCCGGGCAACAGCCAGCCUGCCCGCCUGCAGCGUGGACCGGGCCGCAGUGCAGACCACCAUGCGAGACUUCCAGACAGAGCUCCGGAAAAUCUUGGUGUCUCUCAUUGAAGUGGCACAGAAGUUGUUAGCCCUGAACCCCGAUGCAGUCGAACUGUUUAAGAAGGCAAAUGCUAUGUUGGACGAGGAUGAGGACGACCGUGUGGACGAGGCCGCCCUGCGGCAGCUCACGGAGAUGGGCUUUCCCGAGAGCAGGGCCUGUAAGGCACUGCGGCUGAACCACAUGUCAGUGCCGCAGGCCAUGGAGUGGCUGAUCGAGCACGCGGAAGACCCGGCCAUCGACACGCCUCUUCCAGGACAGGCCACACAGGCUGAGGCAGGCGCUGCGGCCGCCGCUUCCGAGGCCGCAGUGGGUGCUGCUGAGGAAGACGAAGAGUGGGAUGAGCUCACGGAGAUCUUCAAGAGGAUCCGCAGGAAAAGGGAGUUCCGGGCCGACUCGCGGGCUGUCAUUUCCCUGAUGGAGAUGGGCUUUGAUGAGAAGGAGGUGAUUGAUGCCCUCAGAGUGAACAACAACCAGCAGAAUGCUGCCUGCGAGUGGCUGCUGGGGGACCGGAAGCCGUCCCCUGAGGAGCUGGACCAGGGCAUCGACCCCAGCAGCCCUCUCUUUCAGGCCAUCCUGGACAACCCAGUGGUACAGCUGGGUCUGACCAACCCCAAGACGCUGCUAGCCUUUGAAGACAUGCUGGAGAACCCGCUGAACAGCACACAGUGGAUGAAUGACCCGGAGACGGGCCCGGUCAUGCUGCAGAUCUCCCGCAUCUUUCAGACGCUGAACCGCGCGUAGGUGGCCCUGUCCUCCUCGGUUGUUCGGCCGCAGCCUCCCUGGGCAGGGCAGAGGUGACCUUGCCCAGAAGCCGUCUCCAGCUCCUGGGUCUGGGUCACCAGUGCCAUGGCUGCUGUCCCUCCCUGCCUUACUGCUCCUGCAACGGUGAGGCCCGCGCUCCUAGCUUCCGACUGGCGUUCCUGGAAGGGUUGUCUUGCCGGGUGGUGAUCGGCGCCCCCUCCAGGUGCUCUGCUGGGCUCUGGAAGUGCUACUAGAAGCACCUGACAUGCUGCCAGGAAGCCUGCUUGUCCCUGACUUGAAGGUGUGUCCAAGCCAGUGUUAUGCCCAGCGUGCUACCAUGGCAAGUGAGUCGGGUGGCUUCUGUAAUAAACUGACCCUUUCCUACUUUC